GCGCGGGGCGGCGGGGCGGGCGGCUGGCUCUCUUCUCCGGCCGGCGUAGGCCGGUGUCUUUCUGGAAAAGCAGACUGGCGACCCGGGACCCUCAUACAGGAUGCUGUGUUCAUUGCUCCUUUGUGAAUGUCUGUUGCUGAUAACUGGUUAUGCUCAUGAUGAUGACUGGAUUGACCCCACAGACAUGCUUAACUAUGAUGCUGCUUCAGGAACAAUGAGAAAGUCUCAGGUGAAAUAUGUUAAAUCAGAGAAAAAGGAUGUCAGUUCUGACUUGUCAUAUGCUGAUGAAAUGUCAGAAUGUUAUCGCAGACUUGAUUCUUUAACUCAUAAGAUUGAUGAGUGUGAAAAGAAAAAGAGGAAAGACUAUGAAAGUCAAAGCAAUCCUGUUUUUAGGAGAUACUUAAAUAAGAUUUUAAUUGAAGCUGGAAAGCUUGGACUUCCUGAUGAAAGCAAAGGCGAUAUGCAUUAUGAUGCUGAGAUUAUCCUUAAAAGACAAACCUUGUUAGAAAUACAGAAGUUUCUCAGUGGAGAGGACUGGAAACCAGGAGCCUUGGAUGAUGCACUAAGUGAUAUUUUAAUUAAUUUUAAGUUACAUGAUUUUGAAACGUGGAAGUGGCGAUUUGAAGAUUCCUUUGGAGUAGAUCCAUAUAAUGUGUUGAUGGUACUUCUAUGUCUGCUUUGCAUCGUAAUGUUAGUAGCUACAGAGCUGUGGACGUAUGUUCGUUGGUACACCCAGUUGAGACGUGUUUUAUUCAUCAGUUUUCUCUUCAGUUUGGGAUGGAAUUGGAUGUAUUUAUAUAAGCUCGCUUUUGCACAGCAUCAGGCUGAAGUUGCCAAGAUGGAGCCAUUAAACAAUGUGUGUGUUGAAAAGAUGGAUUGGACUGGAAGUAUCUGGGAAUGGUUCAGAAGUUCAUGGACCUAUAAGGAUGACCCAUGCCAAAAAUACUAUGAGCUCUUAUUAGUCAACCCUAUUUGGUUGGUCCCACCAACAAAGGCACUGGCAGUUACAUUCACCAACUUUGUAACGGAGCCAUUGAAGCACAUUGGAAAAGGAACUGGUGAAUUUAUUAAAGCGCUAAUGAAAGAGAUUCCAGUGUUACUUCAUAUUCCAGUGCUGAUAAUUUUCGCAUUAGCUGUCCUGAGUUUCUGCUAUGGUGCUGGAAAAUCAGUUAAUGUGCUGAGACAUUUAGGUGGUCCUGAGAGAGAACCUCCCCAGGCACUUCAGCCAGGAGAUGGAAGACGGCGAAAGGAAAUUGAUUAUACACCCCACGGUGGAGCAGGUGAUGCAGAUUUCUAUUAUAGGGGCCAAACUGAGCAAGGCCCUUACGACAAAACUUAUGAGGGUAAAAGAGAUGUUUUGAGAGAGAAAGACUUGAGAUUUCAGACUGGCAGCAAGAGGCCUGAAGUGCUCCGGGCAUUUGAUUUACCAGACGAAGCAGCACAAGAGCAAUCCAAGGUGGUACUCAGUCAUAAAUCACCUGUUUUGGAUACAAAACCUAAAGAGAUUGGUGGAAUCCCAGGAGAAAGCACAUUGACAGAAAGCAGUGCUGAAAAUAGCCAGUCUGCUAAGACUGUCUCUGGCCAGGAGAUAUCAGAGAAUACAGAAGGUUCACCUGCAGUAGAAAAGGCCCAGCUCAUGAUGGAAGCUAAAGGCAGCCCAGAGGAAGGCAGCAUGUACAGCCCAGCAAGAACUGUAGCCGGCGCAUGUGGAAAGGAUCCAGUUGGCAGCCCAUGUGGCUAGAGGAACACAACAUGGAUAUGCAUUUGGGGAUGAGGUCUACUUUGACAGCUAGCAAGGCAACAUGCUACUGCUGUAAAUGAUGACAGCAAUUCAGGGAAGACUAUUAAAGCAAAUUGAACAUAUCAAAGCCAGUUUAUUAUCAAAAAAGAGAUAAAGCUUGUUUAUUGGUCAGUAUUUGUCAUUAAAAGUAAAGCUUAUAGUGAGAAUCUUUUAGGAAAAUCAGAAUGGGUAGAUGUUAAAAGCAGUUUUUAAAUGGAAUAGAUAAUGUUGAAUGUUUACAGGAUCUAAGAACCACUGUAUACACAAAAUAAACAUUUAUUUUUACACAU